AUUCAGGCGGCCAGGGCACUGAUUGGCUGUGCGCAGUUUUCGUUUCCGCAUACUAGUCAGGCUGGGUGCCAGGACAGGAUCUGCCGCUCAGGAAGGAAAAGGAGGGAGAUCCUUACUCUUGCCUGGACAGAGUGGCUGGGGAUGGGGGAAGUGAAAGUGUCCGCCUGCAUAAAUAGGCAGCAGACCAGUCCCAGCCCACACACAGACCCCCAACUUGGAGCUGAACCUCUCCCACAGCUCGGGUCUCAUCCUCACCCUCGACCACAGUCAUGGCUCAGUCGCUGGCUCUGAGCCUCCUUGUCCUGGUCCUGGCCUUCUGCAUCCCCUGGACCCAAGGCAGUGAUGGAGGGGCACAGGACUGUUGCCUCAGGUACAGCCAGAGGAAGAUUCCCCUCAAGGCUGUCCGCAGCUACCGGAAGCAGGAGCCAAGCUUGGGCUGCGCCAUCCCGGCUGUCGUGUUCUCACCUCGGAAGCGCUCUCAGCCAGAGCUGUGUGCCGACCCUAAGGAGGCCUGGGUGCAGCAGCUGAUGCAGCGUCUGGACAAGCCACCAGCCCGACAGAAACCAGUCCAGGACUGCAAGAAGGAUAAGGGGGGCUCCAAGUCUGGCAAGAAGGGAAAGGGCACCAAAGGCUGUAAGAGGACUGAGACUCCGAAAGGACCAUAGCCCAGUGCCCAGCCUGGAGCCCAGGAGCCCACACCACCUUACCAGGGCUUUGAGCCCCAAUCCAAGGGGCAAGAAGCGGGCCGGAAGAAAGGAAGGACUCGGCCACAGAACAGCCAGCUGGUGCAGACCUCCCUCACCCCUUCUCCUGCACCACCCUCCCCUUCUGUAUUCCCUGCCCUACCCUGCAUGGCUGAGCGGCCCACACCGGGCCAGGCCCAGAGAGGCAGAGGAGGGAGAGUCUCCCAGGAAGUGUGAGAGGAGGCAGCAGGACUGUCCCCUCAGAGGAAAGGUCACCCAGGAUACUGGACCUGACCCUGCUCCCCACUGCAACCCACCCCUUCCUUAUAAAUGCAAUCUGUACCUUACUGAACAAAGAGCUGUUCCGGCCUCCUACCCGA